AUGUGUGACCUCGAAGAAAAAUCUCCAACAAACUCAGUUGUUCUACCUCCAAGCUAUACAUCUAUAACCCCUUGCGAGUCAUUUCCCGACACCACUUGCGGUAUCUUGACAUGGCACACCCUCUUGUCCCAUCCAACCACUCCGACCGCCGACCUCAUCGCCGACAUAGCUGUCUGUCCAGCAAAAACGGGCCGUCUUUGCCCCCAUCGUCAUACGCAAGCAGAGGUUUACUAUAUUCUGAGAGGUAGAGGCGAGGUGACCAUUGAUGGGAUGAAGCACCAGGUCACCGAGGGAAGCACAGUUGUUGAGAUGGUGGAAUGCCUUGGUGCCUCAGGCAUCAACCCCUCAGUGGUAGAUAGAUAG